AUGACAGAACUCCGCAGCCACAUUGAGAGUGAACGUGGAGAACACAUUGUUGCAGAGCUCUUACCACAUCUGGGUCGACUGAGGGUGCCCCAACCUCGAACCAACGGCCUGGAGCACAAGAAAGUGCCCAUCUACCCUCAGAGUGCCCAUCUACCCUCACAGUGCCCACCUACCCUCACAGUGCCCAUCUACCCUCAGAGUGCCCACCUACCCUCACAGUGCCCAUCUACCCUCACAGUGCCCAAUCUACUCCCUCACAGUGCCCAUCUACCUCACAGUGCCCAUCUACAGUGCCCAUCUACCUCAGAGUGUCCAUCUACCCUCACAGUGCCCAUCUACCCUCAGAGUGCCCAUCUACCCUCACAGUGCCCACCUACCCCUCACAGUGCCCAUCUACCCUCACAGUGCCCAUCUACCCUCACAGUGCCCAUCUACUCCUACAGUGCCCAUCUACCCUCACAGUGCCCAUCUACCCUCACAGUGCCCACUCACCUCACAGUGCCCACCUACCUCACAGUGCCCAUCUACCCCUUUCAGAGUGCCCAUCUACCCCUCACAGUGCCCACCUACCCCUCACAGUGCCCAUCUACCCUCACAGUGCCCAUCUACCCUCAGAGUGCCCACCUACCUCAGAGUGCCCAUCUACCUCACAAAGUGCCCAUCUACCCUCGCAGUGCCCAUCUUACCCUCACAGUGCCCACCUACCCCUCACAGUGCCCACCUACCCUCACAGCUCCAUCUACCCUCAGAGUGCCCCACCCACCCCUCAGUGCCCACUCAUCUCCCUCACAGUGCCCACCUACCCUCACAGUGCCCACCUACCCUCACUGUGCCCAUCUACCUCAGAGUGGCCACCUACCCCUCACAGUGCCCAUCUACCCCUCACAGUGCCCACCUACCCCUCACAGUGCCCAUCUACCCUCAGAGUGCCCAUCUACCCUCACAGUGCCCAUCUACCCUCACAGUGCCCACCUACCCCUCACAGUGCCCAUCUACCUCACAUGCCCACCUACCCUCACAGUGCCCACCUACCCUCACAGUGCCCAUCUACCUCAGAGUGCCCAUCUACCCUCACAGUGCCCAUCACCCUCACAGUGCCCACCUACCCUCACAGUGCCCAUCUACCCCUCAGAGUGCCCACCUACCCUCAGAGUGCCCAUCUACCCUCACAGUGCCCAUCUACCCUCAUACAGUGCCCAUCUACCCUCACAGUGCCCACCUACCCUCACAGUGCCCACCUACCCUCACAGUGCCCAUCUACCUCAGGAGUGCCCACCCACCCCUCAGUGCCCACCCACCCUCACAGUGCCCAUCUACCUCACAGUGCCCAUCUUACCCUCACAGUGCCCACCACCCCUCACAGUGCCCACCUACCUCACAGUGCCCACUCCACCUCACAGUGCCCACCUACCCUCACAGUGCCGACCACCCCUCACAGUGCCCACCUACCCCUCAGUGCCCACCUACCCUCACAGUGCCCAUCUAACCUCACAGUGCCCCACCUACCCUCACAGUGCCCACGUACCCCUCACAGUGCCCACUCCACCUCAGAGUGCCCACUCACCCUCAGUACCCACCUACCCUCAGUGCCCACCUACCCUCACAGUGCCCACCUUACCAUCACAGUGCCCAUCUACCCUCACAGUGCCCAUCUACCCUCAAGAAAGGCCUACCUACCCCUCACAGUGCCCAUCUACCCUCAUGCCCAUCUACCUCCCCUUACAGAGUGGCUACCUACCUCACAGUGCCCACUCUAGCCCCCACAGUGCCCAUCUACCCUCACAGUGCCCAUCUACCCUCACAGUACCCAUCUACCCUCACAGUGCCCAUCUACCCUCACAGUGCCCAUCUACCCUCAGUGCCCAUCUACCUCACAGCUCCAUCUACCUCACAGUGCCCAUCUCCACCACAGUGCCCACUCUACCCUCACAGUGCCCAUUCCACCCUCAUGCGCCCAUCUACCCUCACAGUGCCCACCUACCCCUCACAGUGCCCACCUACCCCCUCACAGUGCCCACCUACCCUCACAGUGCCCACCUACCCUCACAGUGCCCAUCUACCCUCACAGUGCCCAUCUACCUCACAGUGCCCAUCUACCCCUCUACAGUGCCCAUCUACCCCUCACAGGUGCCUCACUCCACCUCAUGUGCCCAUCUACCCUCACAGUGCCCAUCUUACCCCUCACAGUGCCCAGCUACCCCUCACAGUGCCUCCACUCUUACCCUCACAGUGCCCACUUCCACCUCACAGUGCCCACCUACCCUCACAGUGCCCAUCUACCCUCACAGUGCCCACCUACCCUCACAGUGCCCAUCUACCCUCACAGUGCCCAUCUACCCUCACAGUGCCCAGCUACCCUCACAGUUCUCCUCUUAUCCACAUAAAGAGAUUCCUCCACUCAUUAACUCUGGUUCUCUUGUUACUUUGUCGACGUCCCCUCAUAUUCCUGCUAAUUACCAUCACCUCAUUAGUGACAUAAUGACUGAGUAG